AUGUAAGAAAAUUUAAUUCAAAUUGACUUUUCAUAAAUCGAAAGCCUAGAUCCUUGUAUACAAGGAGGAUACAAGAUAAUAUACAAUGAAGAGAUCUCAUUCAUGAUUAAAUUCCCAGAUCAAGAGGAUCAAAGUAUUGCGGAAAACAUCAGAGUCAGAAUAAUGAUAUUGGGUAAUGGAAAAGACUUAUAACAAUUGACUUUGGAGUUGUCAAGUGAGAACGAUCUAUUUUUCUAUUAUUUUCACACGGUUGAUAAGGACAAUUUUCAAGUUGUAAAAACAAAUUAAAAACUCAACACAGACUUCUUUGGUUAUCCUGAAGUUUGUGUGAAGACAUUUAGAAGAUGUUAAUUGGAGCAACAACAUUUUUUACCUAUAUUGUACAUUUAGCAGAAUGCAAGAGCAUAAGUGAAUAUAGUUUAAACAUUGGAGUACAAGGAGUUGACUCUAAUAACAUUUGAGAUGAUUGCUGGGGAUGAGGAAAUCAUUAAAUAGCAUGUCUAUUACAAACAUGGGGCAGUGAAAUCUAAGUUUUAGAUAUUAAAUGCAAAAAUAAAAGAUAUUCAUGAAUUAGUCAAAGUGAAGAAUCCCUAGCUGUUGCUUCAUUUGUAAAAGUACCUUCCUAAUUGA